AUGACCGAAGAACGAAGUGCAAGUGACGAGACGGCCAGCGACCCGGCCGGGGCGGUCAACCGAAAAUCUUUGACCAUCGAUCCGAACGACGGUCGGCCUCGGAUGCCAGGAGGUGAUAUGAAAGUGCGAAUCGUGAAACAGACAUCGUAUCAUGUUGAAAACGGAAUCAAUGAAUCAAAGAUGGCCACCAAGUCACUGUGGGACACGUGCAGGUGGAAACUGCAGGCCGUUGUUUUCGGAGACUUCUCUACCGAAAUGAUCCGCGCUGAGCGCCGAGCGUUCGGUCACAACGCAAACUUUACACGCACGUUAAACUGGGCCCGGGCCGGGGCCGGGGCCGGAGCCGGAGCCGGAGCUGGGGCCGCAGGCCGUUCGUCAGACGUCGGCCGUGCAUCGGUAAGACACGUACGGCUGGCUGCCCUCCUGACGAUGCUGUUUGUACAGUGA